AUGGACAUGAACGAAAUCUGUCGCAUUCGCUUCUUAGUUACCUUCUGGCUGCUGGCUAUUUGGCCACCUGUACACGCAGCGCGCCGAUCGCGCUAUGUGCUGAAGUGGUCCAGCUUUGAUUGCGUGAACCUCUGGCCCAUUAUCAGCAACUACAGCUGUCGCAUUCAGGACGAUGGCAACCUGAGCUCCGAUAUCCAGUUGACAGAGCCCAUCACCGAGGUGUGGGUCAAGUACCAGCUGGUGGUGCCGCGCCCAAUUCAAAAGACCGAAAUGGUACUAUUCGAUUCAGCAUUUGAUGCCUGCAAGCUGCUGCGCGAUGGCGUCAUGCGUAACAAACUGGCGUACUUUGUCUAUCAGAACAUGAUCAGGAACAGCAAUCUGGCAAAAGUGUGUCCCAUCAGUGAGGGCCCGCUGUACUUUCAUAAUAUAUCUGGUUUGGAUCAGUUUCCAGCAUUUAUGCCCGAGAUGGAUUUUACGCUUUCUAUACUCUUCUAUAAGCCGAAUACAACUCACGGCCUUAAUACAACGCUUAAGGGCAGCCUUUUUGAGCCGAAUCGACAGCGUCAGAAGUUUUGGAAUUGA